AUCCCUGGUUAGUAAAUACGUGAGGCAGCGCCUCCAUCUGUCAAAGGUCCAGGACUCCGUGUUUGGCUGCUGGAGAUAAUCUCUCGAUAAUCGGCUUAAUGUUCCCGGGGUAUAAAUACAGGAUGAGGCGCUGGAGCCUCCGAAAAAACGACGUAAAGCGCAUGGAGAAGUGUUCCUGAACGUGGAGCACAACACAGCCAGAUAUGAAUUCCAGCUCCCCAGCAGCCAGCGCCUUGGCCCCUGUAAACACUACUGGGGGGCCCACCACACCUCGUAAGGGGCCUCCCAAAUUCAAGCAGAGACAGACCCGGCAGUUCAAGAGCAAACCACCAAAGAAGGGAGUUAAAGGGUUCGGAGAUGAUAUUCCCGGGAUGGAAGGACUUGGAACAGACAUCACGGUCAUCUGCCCCUGGGAGGCCUUCAGCCACCUCGAGCUGCACGAGCUGGCCCAGUUUGGCAUCAUCUAAGAUUUCUCCUGACGACGUCUUACUUUUCAUCAAGUGAAGAAGAGCAAGAAACGAUAAUUAACAUCUGCUACUAAACCGACACCCGCCUGACCAGCGCCCGGCCGCCCCGUGGGACUGAAUCGUCAGGAGAGAAGUCCUCAGGAUGGAUAAUAAAAAAUAAAUGGUCACCAUGACGAUAACAAUUGGAGACCCCCCCCCAAUAAUGAACUGAGCGCUAAUAGAAUUGAUACUAUGUUGUGUUCCCGCAGCAGCCGCCAUCUUGAUUGCUCUAGAAAUGUUUCCGUUUUGUUCUAGGAAAUGUAGUUUUUGCAAGAACAGCAGAGGCCGUCCAGCGUGAAGUGACAGAGCCGAG